GCACCUCUCGCCCCUCCCCUCCCUCCUGCCUCUGCUCGGCAGCAUCCUCCAUCAUGGCGCUCACCACGCAUCUCCUCUCCCUCUCCGCCUCUUCCUACACGCAUGCAACGCAGCAUCUCUUCCUCACGCGCGCCGGCACGGGCGAGCUGACGGCCGAGCAGCUCGCGCGCUGGCUCACGCAGGACCGGCUGUACGCCCUGGGCGGCUACGUGCGCUUCCUGGGCACCCUCAUCGCCAAGUGUCCCGUACCGCUUGGCGGCGUGGGAGAGAAGGGAGUGGAGGGCGACAAGGCUGAACAGUGCGCCAGGAGGAGGCUGAUGGUGCUCGGCGGCGCCAUGGCAAACAUCACGCGCGAAGUAGCCUUCUUCGAGGAUGUCGCAGCACGGCAUGGCCUGUCAUUGCAGACGCCUCCGGUGUCGAGCUCGAGCGACGACGCACUGCUCGGCCUGCUGGCGCCGACGACUCGCGCGUACAUCGACUUCCAAAUGGCCACCGUUGCAUCGGGCACGUUUGAGGAGGGCCUGGUCCUGCUGUGGGCCAUGGAGGUGCUCUAUCUCGAAUCAUGGCGCCACGUCCGUUCCUUCCUCCCUUUCCCUAGCAACAGCUCGUCGAGCGUGACGUCGGCUCUCUCCGAGUUGAUCCCGAACUGGACAGCACCAGAGUUCGAGCACUUCGUCGCCGACAUCGCCGAGCUCGUCGACGAGCUGCCGGAACUCGACGGCCGCCUGAGCCCGCAGGCCGGCACGAAUGCGGCGAGGCAAAGAGUGGAGAGUAUCUGGAACGAGACUUUGUUCUACGAAGUAAGGUUCUGGGAGAGUGCAGGCGUGCAGUAGGAUGCCUGGGGCAUGCUCUACAAGUCGAGCUUCCUCUCUGCACAGAGGGCACGACAAGGGUGGGGAUAGGCAGAGGACGUGAUGCGCAAAGAGAGUCGAAGUCAGACAGUAUCGAUGGGCAGCUCUCCUUUGCGGAAAUCGAACAGUCGGAUGCAUGCAUCGCCGCCCGCACGUCGCCUGAGCACAGCAAAGAGUGUACGCAUCGCAGAGGGAAGCUACGCUGCUGCCGCUGCGUCGUGAUGGCAGAGCAGGAGGGGCCGAGGCAUGCCGGAAUGGCUGCACGCUGUUGCUGAAGCUGCGGGAUGACGAGGCAGGAGUUUUGGCGGGUGAAGAGACAUCAGACAUGGCUCGCCUUCUUGCUGCUGCAUGGUCCCCCGGCAUGCACUUUGGUCCUCAAAGGGAGAGAG